CAGAAGACGUUUCCAAAAAUUUUGGAGUGUCCAUUAACGUGUGUGGGGACCUGUCUUUUUCCCCAAUGGCCUUAACAGAUGAUUUCAACAAACGAAAUCGGUUAUACUGAUUACUACUGCAAACUCGGUUGUGCUGCUCAUCACUGUGUUUCCCUUUCCUCUAUCCAAAAUCCGAAUGUAGACAAAGUUGCAGACUGUGUGGAUUCAUGCUCGGACAAGUGCUCCACCAAGAACUAAUUAUCCUAGUUUUUUUUUGUUUUUUAUUGUAAUAAAGUA